AUGGCAGGAUCUGCUUUCGUCUUUUACCGUGGUACCAACCAUUUAUUUUGGAAGGAUUUUACGGGUGAUAGCCGCUUAAGCCAAUUUAGCAACGAUAAUACUAAAGUAUGGCUACAAGGAGAUCUUCAUGCUGAAAAUUAUGGGGCUUUCACUAAUGAUCAAGACCAAGUUAUUUAUGAUCUCAAUGAUUUUGAUGAAUCUGUUAUUGAGGAUUACCAAUAUGAUAUUUGGCGCAUGGCAGUCAGUCUUGUGUUGGUAGCUCGUCAAAAUAGUGGAUUCUCCCAAUCGAAAGUGAAUACAAUCCUCGAUGCAUUUAGUGAGAACUAUUUAGACACCAUGAAGAACUACCGUGGCAAUAACCAAGAAGUUGAUAAAAUUUAUACCCGAUCCAAUACUUAUGGCCGCUUAGAUAACUUUUUAGCCGAUGUAGAAAAUAAAGAAAGUCGAGUGAAAAUGUUAGACAAAUGGACCAACUUGGUUAGCAAUCGGCGCCAAUUUGAUUUAGCCUAUCAAAAAUUAGAAGCGGCCUCGUCAUCCGAUAGAUCCGCUAUUACUCAAGCAAUGUCUGGCUAUGGCACUACCUUGUCGGGCAAAAUCUCUUACUCGUCCUCCUAUUUCUAUGUCAAAGAUAUUGCUAAACGUAUAUUAGCAGGUACCGGCUCUUUAGGCACUCCACGAUACUAUAUUCUCAUUGAAGGACCUUCAUCAUCGCAGAACGAUGAUAUUAUUCUCGAUGUUAAACUACAAGGCAAACCUACGGCCUACUACUAUUGGGGCUACUAUCAGCAGCAAUAUUUUGACUCGGCAUUUAAUAAUGAUGCAGAGCGCCAUGCAAUCGCUUAUAAAGCUUUACUAACAUCUGUGGAUGAUUACUUGGGCUGGAUGAAUUUUAAUGGUGGCUACUAUUCGGUUCGAGAACGCUCACCAUACAAGGAAGGUUUCGAUACAACCGAAUUAAAUACUCUUGAUCGAUUUACUAAUUUGGCUUCUCAGUGGGGAGCUAUCUUGGCAACAGAUCAUGCACGUUCCGACAAAGAUUACGAUUCCUCACUCAUUAGUGCAUCGGUGGAUAAGGAAAUUGAUAUCAUGACGGAUGGUCGCCAUUCCGAAUUUCGAAGUUUGGUUCGAUCUAUUGCUAAUUCCUAUGCUGAUACUGUGGAAGACGAUUAUAAUACUUUUAAAUCUUCUCACUUGGCUGCCAGCUGUUGA